UUUGAAUAAAGGCGGAAGUGGCGUAUCACAACACGACAACAACAACAGCACCGUGAACUCCUAGCAGCUGGGCUGUGCAUCCUGCAGUGCAGUGCGGACAAACGAUGGAACAGCAGGAACAGGUGGAGUGGGAUGACGUGAAUAAACUUCUGCAGCAUCACGGUUUUAAGCCAGUGUAUUUUGCAGAUCCUGUAGAGAACAAGAAUCUUUCAGAUUUGAUUCUGCUGGACAAGAAGUCAUCUAGUGAGAUGAGGACGAGUCUGAGGACGAUGCUCACUGACUCAGAGAGGAGACAGGCGCUCAUCCAGGAGCUCAUCAAGUCCAACAACCAACUCAAAGAGGAAGUUCAUGAGCACAUGGGUCGAUCGACUCAGCAGUCUCAGAGGGCAACAGAGUUGGAGGGGCUGCUAGACGUGGUGAGGACCAGAGUCCAGGACCUGGAGGACCGAUACCUUGGCAAGGCCGUGCAACAGCACAGCCACACGCAACAACUGCAGCAGGAAAAACAAGAAGCACAGAAACGGUGUGAGGUUCUGGAGCAGAAGCUGUCCGAACAGAGGGAGGAAGCAGCUCAGCUCCAGAGGAAACUCUAUUUCACCAUCAAAGAAGAAGAGAGACGAUUGGCUCAUCAGAGUCAGACUUUCCAGCACAUCUGCAACAAAGUGGUGCAGGACUCCUCAGCUGACCUGCAGCUGUUGGAUGUGAUUGACUUCUAUGAGACUAAACUGACUCAGCUGCUGGGGGAGCUCAGAUCUGUCAGAGGAGGACCAGAAGGAUCUCAUCAGACAGGAACGAAGAAGGCAACCAGCAAUGUUACCCCAUCCUUCAAAACCAUUCUCAAGACAUGUCAGGAACAGCAAAAGGGAAGCAGAAGUCAAAUAGAAGAGCUGAAGAGGGAGGUGGAGCGCUUGAAGCGAGAGUUGGAGAUGAGGCCCACACUCAAAGAAGUGAAGUUCUACAAGCACAAACUCCGCCGUUUGGAGGGCUCAGACAAACACAACAACACAAGAUUUCCUAAAGAUGACAACACAGCUGAGCUCAAUGAGAACAUCAGUGACCAGGCCAUGUGUUCCCACUAUCACAAUAUGUUGAAUGAGAUCAGUGGUAUUUUGACCAGUUCCAACGCUCCGUUACGACUGCACAGGCAGAAAGCCUCCUCUGUUGGUUUUGAGCUGGCUGAGUUUCAGCCUCUCCUCCCCACACUGGAGCUCUGGGCCCAACAGCUCCACCUACUGAAGCCUCUGCAAAGGAGUUUAUUUAAACUGAGUGGCAGCCUGAUGCCCUGGCAACCACCUGAUGGUGGCCAGAAUGCUGAAGAAGCGGUGAAAGUGGAGGACAUGAUGCUGCUGGUGGACACCAUGCUGGAAAACACCUCGACUAAGGAUGAGAAGGUGCUCAGGAGUCCCACUCGAUACACUCUGGGCUCCAUGGUGUCCCACUUCCAGAAGCUGUUUGACGUGACCUCCCUCAGGGGCGUGUACCCACGUAUGAACGAAGUCUACACCCGACUGGGAGAGAUGACCAACACCAUGAGGAACCUCCGAGACGUCCUACAGCUAGACAGCAAGGUUCCUUCUGCUGAGGUGGUGAACCACGUGUCCAGACUGGUGUCCUCCACUGGGCUCCAUAAUCUGCUGGGAGAUGCAGAUAUUGACAGUAUUAUCAUCAAAGUAAAGCAGCAUGACGAGUUCUUCCCUGCUUUCCACGGCCUCAUGCUGGACAUUUUACACACUCUAGGGGUGAGUCACCUGGACGACAUCCUUCCAGCUCUCAAGUCUUUGAAACAAUGACACGUGGCUGUGACUCGACUUGUGUUUUGUUUAAUGUAAUGAUUGUGGAGUGUUACUUGUGUUUUGAAUAAAAACUGAAAAUUGGAUAGAUAAGUCUCAGUAAGUAUUAGCAUCAGUAGGGGAGAAUAAAUGCUAGACAGGAGCGUAUUGGGAAAUCCAUCUUUUUAUUAUAAUUAACAACUUUAAACAGUAG